AUGGACGCUCAAGGCAACGAAGAGGAGCAGAAUCGACGCUUUGAAGUACUCUCCACUAGUACAAUCGCGCACGAUAGAAGGGGAUCAGCAAAAGUCGGAAAACUUCCAUUCGUCAAGACUAUCACCAAACAAGCAAUCACUCCAAGACGGUCAUCUGCUGGCGCACUUGACACCUUUCCACUUGAGAUACAACAAGAAAUAUGCAAGAAACUCGAUUUCGAAAGCAUAAUAACAUUUAGUAAAACAAGCUACGCCGCUAAGAUCAUCGUCGACUCUGUUUUUUCAUUUACAGAAAUCACGUCAAAAGCCCCUCGCUUGUUGAAGGCUAUCGCUGAACUAAAAUUAUUGCAUGUCCACUCGUUAGCAACCAUAACUCAUGUAUUGAGCCUAUCGUCUUGCGAUUUCUGUCCAAAUUACGGUUCUUAUUUUUUCCCCUUGACUGGUAGUCGGUGCUGUUUCUUCUGCUUGUCUACUGAAUCAGAGUUUUCUCUCAUACGCAAAACUCAGGCAAUUGAAUUCUUCGGUUCAUCUUCCAUCAAAGACCUGCCAUCUGUAUUCGCGAGGAUGUUUUGUCUCCCAAUUCCUCUAACUAGAAUGUCAGAGGUAGUCGAAUGUUUUAGCGCCCAGAAAGUCGUCGAUAUGUGCAGCAGAAGAAGAUAUGAUACAAGACAGUAA